AUGAUUCGAGGUCUUCCUUUUUCUCAGCUCCCUAAAACGAUACAAGAUGCGAUUGUCUUUACCCGCAAACUCGGCUUCAGAUAUCUAUGGGUUGAUGCACUAUGCAUAUUGCAAAGCGAGGGACCUCAUGAUACGUCUCACCAAGAGGAUUGGUCUCACGAGACUACUCGUUUCGGUUACUAUUAUCAAAAUUCGGCAAUCACUAUAGCUGCAACGGGAGCCAGGUCUUCGGAUGAUGGACUAUUUCUACCACGACCUGCUUUAGCAUUUGACCCAAACCCUGUCAUCCUCCGACGGAAAGGGCCCACAGGAGAAACCAGAGACAUAUCAAUUCUUCCAAACGUCCCGAGUUGGAUUUCGGAGAUCAAGAGAGCUCCUUUAUACGAGAGAGGCUGGGCUAUUCAAGAGCGAAUCUUGUCAGCGCGAGUUGUACAUUUCGCAGCCAACAUGAUCUUAUGGGAAUGCCACGAGCGUCGAGCCACAGAAAUUGAUCACGUCGGAUCAAGUCUCAAUGACAGAAGUAAUGGCAUGGUCUACGAGGAAGUUUCAGACUUUAUGCCGAUAGUUCGAAAACUCCAACUACAGGGUGGGUCGGCCAGCCAGGUGGUUCGCGAGUGGUAUAGUUUUAUUGAGGGUUAUACCAGCGCAAAGUUUACUUUCAUGGGUGAUAGACUUCCUGCUUUGUCAGGAAUUAGUGCUCUUAUCCAGAGACAUAUUCCUGAUUGUUAUGGAGCAGGCUUGUGGCAAUCCGCCGUCCCUGAAGGGCUCGCAUGGUUGAUCGAAGACAAGUUGGCCGAGGACAUCCCAGAUCCUGUUAGUCCACCUGCCACAACGACAGAAUUGAAGCAAAUGCUACCGUCUUGGUCUUGGGCUGCUAGUAGAGGAACUGUGCGAUUUCCUUCAUCGCUGGAAUCUUGGGAGCCAGUGCUGAGAAUGGAAGAUUGGGACGUCAAGUCUGCAGGAGUAGAUACCUCUGGGCAGAUUCUGAGCGCGCGACUCAGGGUGAGAAGCGCAUUCAAGAAUUUCAGUGCUUCAGAGCUCGGCUUCAAGUCUUCUGCCGAAUUGUUCUCUCAGCUAACUAAUUUCAUCCGGUCACCAACCUGGAUCACGGCAGAAUAUGGACAGGCAUUUGCCAGUGAAGGGAGAGAAACAAAAUUCACUGAAGAAAAAAUCAAGUUGUUCCAGUCUGACAAAUCCGCUCUUCUGAAUUAUCGCCGAAAGCUACUCGACGGUGCAACAAAGGGAUUUGACAUUUACUACAAGGACACUGACAUGCAAAAGCAAGCUUCUAUCGCCAACAAGAAGCUCACGAGAGAACGACUCCAGAAUAACGAAGAGAUAUGCAGCAAGCUGAUUCCUGACUUUGAAUUUGGGUGCAGACGCGUGAGUCUUGGGAAUGGUUACUUGGAGUCGCUCAUCAAACCGAACACGAAGGCAAUUUUCGACGAGAUCAAGUGCGUAGAUGAGUCCGGGAUACUUGACAACAACAACAUCCAACAUGACUUCGAUAUCAUUAUCUGCGCGACCGGUUUUGAUGUUUCUCAUCGACCAGCAUUCCCUGUUCUAGGUCGCGGCGGCCAGAACCUCGGAGAUGUUCGGAGCUAA